CCUUCUUCCAGGCCCUGGCGGUCAAAUCCUCGAUGAACAUCUCGCACGCUCGGGCGAACAGCACCGGAGUCUCAGCCGAGAUCAUGUUCACGUCCGCAUCCGCUCGCAUGAUUCUCCGGAUCCGAGCCAGCGGAAUGGGGUGCGCCUUGAACUCCAUCACCGGGGGCGUCUGGGCCCCUUCCAUCUGCCGCUCGUGAGGGCGGGGCCGCGGAGGCCUGUCCAUGCGCUCCAUGGCUUUCCCACACUCCUCACGAGAAAUCAUACAAUUUUCUGAUCCCUCGAUCUUUCGCUCCGAUGAACCCAGAAGCGAUCAUCAAAUCUCGACGAUGCUGCAACCUUCCUGAUCCCACCCCAAACACUGUCCGGAGAAUUCGACAGCGCAAUGUUCACCGGAUCGGAGCCUUUGCCGCAUUCCCAACUGCAGAUUCUCACUAUGGCGUACGUCGGAGGCAUGUGGAGCUGAAAUGAAGAGUGGGUGCAGAGUGCGAGGUACAAAGCUUCGGUAGCCUGCGGAGUUGCGUGAUCGUUCGCAGUGAAGGUCUGGAUAUGGGUGGCAUCUACCACGCGCGGUUUUGUGACAGGUUCAUUUCUGCACAUUUUGUUUUUUUACCCGGACAUGCUGAAAAAGGAUAGAAGCGUAUCUAUCACAUGCUUGCGAACCGCCUUCAGACUGUGCACUCGAAGACGUCACGACUCUACUGCAAAUUUCUUUCCGCAGCUUCUGAAGGUAAACUUAAAGCGUUGAGUUUUCUUGACCGAUGUGGAAGGAAGAUUCAAGGGCUGCAGCGACAGCGCUCGGUUUCUUCUCAAUCUCCUUGUCCGUGGGUAAAGCAGAACGAGAAGAUGAUAAAGAAGGAUCAAAGUGCCAUCAGCAAACAGCUAAGACCAUCAAUCGACAUGGUCAACUUACGGAACACUUUAAUCAUGUUGCCGUAGAAGGGUAUGAGUCCGGUGGGGUAAUAUGUGGACAAGGGGGAGUUAGAAGUUUGGGCUGUGACGAUGAAGAGUCCUUGGCUGGAGGUCGGGAACAAAUGCAAAACCGUCGUGCGGAAUGCCGCAGGCAGAUCAGGGAGCCUGGCGAGGCGAGAAGGUAGACGAGCGCACACAUCUUUCGAAAAUGCAUACGUUCGAGGUGCACGGACAUUUGCUUAGAUGCAAGAUGCAAUCUCCAUAAUAAGGACAUGCUCUUAAAACUUUAGCGGCACGAGUUCUGCAUGGAAGCCCAAAUGUUUAACCAUAGACUCCGACACGGCACGAUAUCGCAUGCAGAGACCAACAAGCAAAGAAUGAGAUCAACAUUCAAUGGGAUGCAUAAUCAGUAAUCUAAUCUGCAGCUCAAUACCAGUUUCCAUUUCUUUCUGGGCUUCUUUCAUGGCAUCACCUAGUUUACAUGUAAAGGCUCUUUCGCUGACUCAUUAAUUUCACUGCUCGCCAGCACUUCACUGAUUGUAUAAUUUCAGACCGAAGUUCAGAUCUUCUCCAAGGGUGAACCGACAGGCGAUGCUAUUUGUUCAAUCGUCUACAGGUUAUUUCUUCGAAAUGAGAUAUGAGCUAAUUAGUUAUCGAGAGAUGGUAGCAACUGAUCUCCUUGAAGCCUGGGCUUGGAGAUGGUUGACUACAAGGAGUAUUUAUUUUUAAGAACAGUUUGUGUUCUUCAAUACAGGAUCCCUCGACUCCUUGUUUUUGGCGAGGUCAAGUCCACGGUUUAGAGAACUGAUAUCCACGUUCAGCGUGAUAAGUAAGUGGAAAGGUUAAUCGCAAAAUACCCGACGGAAGAUGUUGGCUUGGUACAAUGGGUGACAUUGCAUCACCGCCUUCAGUGUGAUACUGGACAAUUUAGAGCUAUCUAUUUCCCAUGAUAUUGAAUUCCUUAUUCAC